CGUGAUGUGGUGUUUGUCAAGUCCUCACUUUAAAACCAAUCAUAAGUCAGAACAGAUCCAGGAUACUGCUGGGAGACAAACCAGUAAGGUCUGCAGGUUUUGCAGAGUGCGCAGUGCGCCGAAACUGCACGAAAAUGGAGGCACUUCAUACCUUCAUCAUUUUGGUGAUUCUUUGGACAGGCACUGAAAGCACCCACCUGACAUGGCAGUUGGACCAGAGCUCUCCGGCACAUACUGUGACCACAUGCACAGGUCAAAACCUGGCACUACACUGUUCCUCCAACACAAUUAUUCGCCUGAGAAACAUGAAAAUGUCAUCCUCUACAGGAUGUCCAAACCACAACUGCCGUGGAUGGUUGUGUAUGGCAAGAUGUUAUGUGUCCCCAGCAUUACAACAAAGAUUGGCUACAAGUUGCUCUGGCAGACAGGCAUGCAACUUGACUAUCACAACCAAUGACAUGCGCAGGGGAUCAACUAACACAAUCAACUACAACCACCUUGAAGUGGGUUAUGAUUGUGAACCCAGUAAGAAUGCAUCUGUUUCUACAAUCAUCUUGUUUACAGUAAUUCAUUAUCUUACAUCAAUUUUUUUUACAACACUGCUUGUUUUUUACCUUACACAAAUAUCCACACCUUCCCUUAACUACUAUUACAUUAUGAUUAAAUGUCAACAUAUCUGA